UAUGCAUACACGCAUAUAUAUAUAUGAAACAUAUGAUGCACCAAGCUUGAACAUUUUUCUCUUAAAAAUCAUUCUAAUAAACUCCACUGUGAAUCAAUCUCACUGAAUGUAACAUAUCCAAUUAUUGUAUACUAUCUUCUCGUUCUUGUACGCCUCAGACACGUUCUUGCCCAUCACGACUUACCACUAUCAUCGCCGAUCGUCGUUAUCGAUGCGCGAGCAACGGGACGGUCCGAAAGUCGUCAAGUCGAGUCAAGGGAAGCCGAUUCCAGGCCCAAGGGAGGACUUUGCGACUGUUUGGAUCCGACCUGAUGCGUCAUGCGAUUUUACGACGUCGUUCUCCUCGCGAGCUAAAAGAGACGAACGAGACGCUGAAAGGGCUACAAACGAGGUUGGAAUUGGCGUACGCGUCGACAGCGUCGUCUGGUGCACCGGUCGCCGGUGGAGGAGCACUAGGAGGGCUAGGUAGCGUAUCUUGCGGGGGUACGGGAAUCAGCGGUACUGUCUUAGGAGGUAGCGUGGCGGUUCCAGGCGGCGUGCCCGGUAGCACUACCCUGACGGCCAUCAUGGAGACGAAAGAUGCUCGGAUACAAACUUUGGAGAAGGAGAUAGCACUUUUGGAAGCGGAAUUAUUGCGUAUCAAGGAAUGCGGUGGUAGAUUAAGGGAGCAGUUGUUGAAAGCAACCGCUGUCCCUAGUGGCAGUGGUAGCAUGCAACAGCUUCAACAACAAUUUCAGCAGCAGCAACAACAACAGCAGCAACAGCAGCAGCAAAUGCAGCAACAUCAAUUAGGUUUAUCAAACGUCACAAGUGGCGUUAGUGGUAUGGAGCAACAAGCUCGACAGGGAUUGGUGACUCCCUUGGGUGGUUCGCAACAGUCCGGCACGUUGGCUUUGGCCAGGGGACCGUCCGUGAUGACCUCCCUGGUACCGUACGGUCACUCGUCGUCCACGGCACUAACCACUCCGUUGCUUGCCGGUUCGACAGGUGGAACCUUGAGCGGGAGCAGCGGGGUCGGCGUCCUUGGGGGCGGUUCCUCGUGCCUGGCCGGUAUCUCGUCGGGCGCCACCACUGGCGUGGUCAAUCCCUAUACCGAUCGUUACUCCGAUCAUCACCUUCAUCCCCAUCAACUUCACCAUCAUCAACAUCACCAUCAUCAUCAUCUCCAUCAGCAGCAACAACAGCAGCAGCAGCAGCAACAACAACAUCAGCAGCAUCUAUUGCAGCAACAACAGCAACAUCAGAUCCAGCAGCACUUAAGGCAAAUAGAGCCAGCGGCCGCUGGUGCCUUGGCGCUACAUGCCCACACCUUCAACAAACACGACCUGAACUUCAAACGGCAAGUAAGUUUCUUCAUCAACAACGUGCGCAUCGAAAAGAACGACGCCGUCUAGGGAGGUGGGAGGUGUGGCCGCGCGGAAUUGGGACGACACCUUUCAAAUUACCUUUGAACCUUGGCUCUACCACACGGCUCUAA